CUGGUCUGCUUUUCUCUCCGUAGAGAGCCCCUAGCUCCAUUGCACCAUGUGUGGGAUUUGGGCCCUCUUUGGCAGUGAUGACUGCCUUUCUGUUCAGUGUCUGAGUGCUAUGAAGAUUGCACACAGGGGUCCAGAUGCAUUUCGCUUUGAGAAUGUCAAUGGAUACACCAACUGCUGCUUUGGAUUUCAUCGGUUGGCAGUGGUUGACCAGCUAUUUGGAAUGCAGCCAAUCCGAGUGAAGAAAUAUCCUUAUUUGUGGCUUUGUUACAACGGUGAAAUCUACAACCACAAGAAGAUGCAACACCAUUUUGAAUUUGAAUACCAGACCAAAGUGGAUGGUGAAAUAAUCCUUCAUCUUUAUGACAAAGGAGGAAUUGAGCAAACAGUUUGCAUGUUGGAUGGGGUGUUUGCAUUUAUUUUGCUGGAUACUGCCAAUAAGAAAGUGUUCCUGGGCAGAGAUACUUAUGGAGUCAGGCCUUUGUUUAAAGCCAUGACGGAAGAUGGAUUUUUGGCUGUGUGUUCAGAAGCUAAAGGUCUUGUUAACUUGAAGCACUCCACAACUCCUUUUUUAAAAGUGGAGCCUUUUCUCCCAGGACACUAUGAAGUUUUGGAUUUAAAGCCGAAUGGCAAAGUUGCAUCAGUGGAAAUGGUCAAAUAUCAUCACUGUAGAGAUGAGCCCCUGCAUGCGCUCUAUGACAAUGUGGAGAAACUCUUCCCAGGUUUUGAGCUAGAAACUGUGAAGAACAACCUCCGGAUCCUUUUUGACAACGCCAUAAAGAAACGCUUAAUGACAGACAGAAGGAUUGGCUGCCUUUUAUCAGGGGGCUUAGAUUCCAGUUUGGUUGCUGCCACCCUGUUGAAGCAGCUAAAAGAGGCUCAAGUACAGUACCCUCUCCAGACAUUUGCGAUUGGCAUGGAAGACAGUACUGAUUUACUCGCUGCUAGAAAGGUGGCAAAUCACAUUGGAAGUGAACACCAUGAAGUCCUCUUUAAUUCUGAGGAAGGCAUUCAGGUCCUGGAUGAAGUCAUAUUUUCCUUGGAAACUUAUGAUAUUACAACAGUACGUGCUUCAGUAGGUAUGUACUUAGUCUCCAAGUAUAUUCGGAAGAACACAGAUAGUGUGGUGAUCUUCUCUGGAGAAGGUUCAGAUGAGCUUACGCAAGGUUACAUAUAUUUUCACAAGGCUCCUUCUCCUGAAAAAGCCGAGGAGGAGAGCGAGAGGCUUCUGAAGGAACUCUACUUGUUCGACGUUCUCCGGGCAGAUCGCACUACUGCUGCCCACGGCCUUGAAUUGCGCGUCCCUUUCCUGGAUCAUCGAUUUUCUUCCUAUUACUUGUCUCUGCCCCCAGAUAUGAGAACUCCCAAGAAUGGGAUAGAAAAACAUCUCCUGAGAGAGACAUUUGAGGACUCCAAUCUAAUACCUAAAGACAUUCUCUGGCGGCCAAAAGAAGCAUUCAGUGAUGGAAUAACCUCGGUUAAGAAUUCCUGGUUUAGGAUUUUACAGGAAUAUGUUGAACAUCAGGUUGAUGAUACAAUGAUGGCCACUGCAGCCCAAAAAUUUCCCUUCAAUACUCCUAAAACUAAGGAAGGCUAUUACUACCGUCAAAUCUUUGAACGCCACUACCCAGGCCGGGCAGACUGGCUGACCCAUUACUGGAUGCCCAAGUGGAUCAAUGCCACGGACCCUUCUGCCCGCACUCUGGCCCAUUACAAGUCAGCCGCCAAAGCCUAGGCACCAUCUGAGCUAUCCAGUGAAAGGAAACAUUCCUCCUGUGAUGAGUAAGGGGCUUGGGGGCAGGAGGGGGAGCAGUGAGCAUCAACCAUUCUGGCUUGUUGGGCAUGGAAAAAAAUAAAAGUCUUGAAUCUGA